AGCAGUUCCCUACCCUCUUCCCCACCACUUCUCCCGUCGCUCUAUCUCGCUGCAACAUCGCCGCGAAUAUGUUCAAGCCUUCAUCUCCGCUGUUCGGGGGUCUCCUCUGGAAGACCCCGUGGCGCAUCUCGUCGCCCCAGAAGGCCCGCCAAAGGAAGCGCCUGCGCGCCGUCGACCAGGUAGUGGACACUGUCUCCGCGGCUCUCGCCCGCCAAGGCCAGUCAACGAAAUCCAUCAACCGGUGGUACGACGAGAUGCCGCGCGAGCAGGAAAUGCUGCCCAAGGAUAAAUACACGAUCUUCGACAAGAAGGAGCGCCGUUACCGCAAGAGCAUUCACAAACUGCCCAAGUGGACGCGGGUCAGCCAACGUGUCAACCCUCCUGGUUUCUAAGCGCGCGUUUCUGGAGGCAAUACUCCUAUUUCGAUACCGAUCGUGGCGGACGACAUCUCCCUGGUGGAUGCGAGUAUAUGUUGGGCUCGCCGCUGUACGGAAUGCGGACUCGGAGGUCGUGCCGUCGCAUAUGUGUGAGGCGAAUACUGCAAGGAUUACUGGAGUUCUCGGCAAUUGGGGAAUAUGCACCAUGAUUGCAUUGUAUUAUAAUGUUACCUACAAUUCCCACUUUCUUGUUUGACAGCGUAUGGGUACGAGUGGUCAUUUCAUGGACUUGCUGCGAUGGUGUAAUUCAUAAGUCUGAGUUUAAAGAUGGACUGCUGUGAUCGCUCUGACAUGGUUGAACAAAAGAAUG